AUGAAGAGGCACGGCUCGGGGCUUGCCGUGGCCAAGUGCACGUGCGGCCAGAUCUUUAUCCCGUCCGGUAGCGGGAGCCAGGGCGGGUCGCCGGAGCUGCUUACGACGGAGCGCUUCUUGCCGGCGGGCAAGCCCGUCAAUUGCGCUAGCUAUUAG